AUGUUAAAGAAAACCAAAAGUAAACAAAAAUCAGUGGCAGAGAAAGUAGCCGAAAUCAUUGCCCAUCCCAAUGAAAGCGAUAGUGAAUCGGAAAAUGAGGCAUUAUCGAGAGUGCGAAUGGUUGAUUUCGAUGAGGAUGAAUAUCAAUUGCCCGAGGUGGGAACAACGGAAUUUAGGAAACGUAAUGUAAAGCUGUUGUCUGAACAAAGUUCCAAAUAUAAGGGGAAAAUAGCAUCGAGGAAGGAUUUUGAAGAAGACGAAGAAGAGCAGCAAUAUGAAGAGAGUGAUGAUGAAGAGGAGGAUGAUGAUGAUGAAGCCAAUGAAAGUUAUGAAGAAAGUGAUGAUGAUGACGAGGAAGCUUUAAAGAAAUUUGGGGAUGUCCUAAAGCAGAGCCAGGUUGGUUAUGAUGAUAGUGAGGAGGAUGGAGAAGAUGAAGAAGAAGGAGGAUCUGGAGGAGAAGAGGAUUUGGAUGAUAACGAAAACGACGAGGAUGAUGAAGAUGGUGAAGAGGAAGAUGAUGAUGAAGAAGACGAUGAUGACGAAGAGGAAACCCAAGUCAUUAGCAAAGUAAAUCGUGAUGCCGAAAUUCAAAAAGGUAUUUGUGUACAAAAUCAACUAAAACUAUGGGAACGUUUGCUGGAAAUGCGUAUUAACUUCCAAAAAAUCCUUGCGAAAUCCAAUCAACUGCCUUCACCAACUGAAUUGAAAGAGCUUGAGUCAAAGAGCGAUAAAAAUAAAUCCACAACUCAAGAAGUAACAAGGCAAACCCAAAACUUAUUACAAAAUCUACUAACACUGCAGGAUAACCUCUAUGGCCAAUAUUCGGAAUUGAGUAAAACACUUAAACCCACUGCCACAAAACGUCCUUGGCCUUUCAAGCAAAAAAAUAACAAUGAUGAACCACCCAUUAAGCAGAUGAAUAAUUAUCUGCAAGAUCGUUUUGAUAAUUUCCGUUCAUAUCGUAACACUGUUCUCUUGAAAUGGGACGAUCGUACGAAAUUACUGCAACCCGGUGCUGGAGCUAAGAAAAAAUCAAUGAAUGAAGAAUUUGAUAUUAUCAAAAAGAUCAAUAAUGUCCUAAUGAAUAAAUCGUUACUUGUUCAGAAAUCACAACAAAUAAAAAAUAACAAUCAAACACAGCCGAAUGUUGAGAAUUUAGAAAACCAAGUGGAUGCCACGACAAAUGUAAAUAUUUAUGAUGACAGUGAUUUCUAUCACCAACAGUUGAGAGAACUUAUUGAAUAUAAGGCAAAUACCACAAGUAAUAUGAGCGAGGUGACCAAACAAUAUUUGGAACUACAAAAGCUGAGACAAAAAAUGAAAAAGAAAGUCGACACAAGAGCAAGCAAGGGUAGGAAACUGCGUUAUAUUGUCCACAAUAAACUUAUCAAUUUUAUGGCUCCCCAUGAUAAUUGCACUUGGAAUGAUGAAUCGAAAGAUGAACUGUGUAAAUCAUUAUUUGUAUGAAGAAC